UGCAUUCUUGUGUUUUGAACCACACGUGCAAGAUGACACAACUUAAUUCUUGGAGUUUUUUCCUUCUUGCUUCCGCGGCUGUCCAUCAGUGUCUGAGCCUGACAAAUGUCAGGUUCUAUGAAGAGUUAAAGCCGUACUUGAACUUGGACAUUGCUGAAGAUAAGUUAGAGCUCGUGGCAGAUGACGGAAGUGACGUCAUCCUGUUGCCUGGAGGCCCGGACGACGAGCUCGAUAUCGCCUUCCUUCUCAAAGAGCUCGGUUUCACCCAUGGAAACGCAUCGGAGUCUGAAGCAGACCCGAAAAUAGCCAGUCUCCUCGAUGCUUUCAAAAGUGCUCCACGUAAAGAAGUGAGGACAACAAACGACUUAAAACUGUGGUGGACGCAUCAUCAUCAUCACCACCACCACCACCACUACCACAAAUGCCCACGCCAGCAAUUUGUCCAGUGUUUCAAGCGGGGCUGUGCUGCAUGCGUCAUGCAAACAUUUGCUGUGGAACACUACUACAGCUACCAUCGCUUCACUAUCAACAUGUGUAUCCGGGUGGAGUAUCAGCACUACAGGAGAUUCCUGCUCUCUUUCACCCUGAAUGGAUACCGGCUCCUCUAUACUUUAAAUAACUUGGCCAGGUCCACCUUCAAGUACUGCUACCACGUGCCCCACCUCGUGUCACGCUCCAGCCGUCUGUGUGCCAACCUGUACAGUAUCAACAGGAGCCGCCGAACUAUGUGCGCGCGCAUCACCGGAACCGCCAACAUCAAGGGUCACGUUCGCAGCGCCUAUCAGAACAUCGGCUGUUUCCGUAUCCCGUGCAACAUCGACACGCCAGCGAAUGAGAGCCAAGAUGACACUAAUGACCUCUCCUCUAAUAUCUUUGACCCGGCAUCUGAUGACCUUGACAGUGGAUCCGUUGAGGAAAACGAAAAUCAAGAUGGUGGUUUCGAAGACAUGGCCGAAGACGACUCUGACUCCGCUUUGAGAUAUGAAUAAACUCCCGAUCUGAAAGAUGUGUCCAACUAGAAUCGUGAUUAUAUAACGACCAUUGCUAAGAUGCUACGGCAGUGUUUUCUUUGUCCUUUUGCGUGGGUGUCAGUCUUAAUUAUAUUGUCUUCAGAACUAUUGGUGUAAGGUUUGACAUUUUUGAAACAAGUGGUAGUAAUAAUGUAAGAUUAUUGUAGUAGUAAAUGAAUAUAAUAUGUAAUAGUUACUGCACACAUCAUUCGAUUGUUCAGUAACCCUUUUAUUGAAGCUUUCACUUGCUUAUUCUGUGACCGUAACUGAAUUAAUGUGUGUCAGAUUAUUCCGGUGCAUGCUAUAUAUGCUGUACGCUCUUUGAUUGAAGAGACCCUUUUCCACUCAGACGCUUUUGUUAACAAAAAUGAAAUUAAUUCCGAUUUUUUUAUCAAAUGCAAAAAAAAUAUUAUCGUUUCCUAUGGACAAAUUUACGAUGCUAUAAAGUUGCUUAACCACAUGUAUAGUCUUUUCAAGUAUUAAGUAUUAUGUUUCAAAGCAAAUAGCAGAUGUACUGUGAAAAUCCGGGUUAGUGGAUGUAUAUGUUAAGUAUAUAUUAAUAACAUAUAUGCUAGUUUUGAUAGUCAUUUUGAAAUUUAAAAUAUAAGCAAUUAUGAAUAUGUGUUUCCCCAAGCAUUCUCUGUGAUCUUGAUGUCGAUAUAUAUUGUUACUAUAUCGCUGUGUGCCUGUUUUGUUCCUAAUCUGAGCUUUCUAAAUACAAUAUGCAUGCAGCAAAACU